CCAGCCCGGACGACAUUAUUUUGUGCAAGAUAGAAUCGUGAUCUAAAAUUGAAUUUUUAAAUCAAAAACCAUGUCUUAUAAAGCAGAUUUACGGCAAUUAUUAAAGCCAUAUUACUGGUUUAAUAUAAUAUUAAGUAUGUCCUACGUUACGUGUAAGAGGACGGGUUAUAUUUGCAACUUUUUGUUUCCAAGUUCGGACUGUGAAUUGGACAGCAGAGAGACGGAAAUAUUAUUUUUCCUAAUUAUAGUCGUUAUGUUGAGAACGAGGAAGGCGGGAAGUGUGACUAUGGUUAACUAUUUGUCGUCUUCAUUCGUUUAUACGAAGAUAGCUAACUUAAUUCUAUGGUUUUACGCGGAUAUACGGUAUGGCCUGCCCUACGGAGCUAUUCUAAUUCUAUCAGCCUUGCUCCUCCCGGAACCAACAUACAUGGGCCCAGAACACGUGACCUACUUCCGAGGCCCUCAGGUCCUGGAUGAUGAGCUGAAACAUCAUAAGAGCACCACCUGGAUUGUCUGUCUGUAUGCUGCUUGGCAUCCAGCUUGUGUGAACUUCGCCCCGGUGUUCGCUGAGCUGUCUGCAAGCUACAGCUUGGAUAAUUUGAAGUUUGGAAAGCUUGAUGUAGGCAGGUACCCUGAAGCAGCAGCUAAGUACAGAGUACAGGAUGGCCCGACCAGCCGCCAGCUGCCGACGGUGCUGGUGUUGUCUGAGGGACAGGAGAAGAUGAGAAGACCACAGGCCGACCAUACGGGGAAACUCCAGAAGUUCCUCUUUUCAAAAGACAAUGUCAAGGCAGCGUUUGACCUGGACGGCAUCUACCAGGAGUGUAAGCAGAGACUGUCAGCUGCCAAGAGUAUUAAGAAGGAUGAGUAGAUUCCACUAUGCUUCAUCAUUGUCGUCAUCAGCCUGAAGACGUCCACUGCAGAACAAAGGCAUCUAGUGCCUACCUACUACUUUGAUGACUGUCUGUACCAAAAGUUAAAAUAUGCGUUCUCCAUCCUCAGAUACACAUCAUCAUCAAUAGUCUAUAAGUACCCAAUGCUGGCCAAGGGCCUCUUCUCACACGGAGAAGGUUUGAGCAUUAAUCACCACGCUUGCUUGAAGGUUGGCGAUUUCAAACUU